UCGAGCGUUUGUGCGCCGCGGCUCGCGCUCUGAGGAGGCGGCGCUGUGCUGUGGUACGGACCUCGGGGCGGCGUUGUCCGCGCGGCCAGGCACCUGAAAGGGUGAAGGCGAGAGGCAGAUGACGACGCUGAACACAGGCUCUGCAAGAUGCCCAGGAGGCUGAGGCAAGAGCAUGGCAAGUUUUCGGCCAGCCUGGACAACUUAGCAAGACCCUGUCCAAAAAACAAAACAAGCCAGCCUUCAGCUCAUGAGGAGAAGAUCAUAGCCACUAAUGCCAUUGAAUGCCUUUAAUCCCACUUGAGAGAGGAGCUCCCUGGCUUCAUCCCCUCCUCAAGGUGAUGUUCUUACUGUUGACAUGUGAAUCUCCAUAAUGAAUGGAUCCAGUGUGGCAAGUACAUCACCCAGUGUGAAAUGCAAAGAGGACCAAGAGUUACAUGGACAUGAGGAAAAGGAAAACCCAUUUGCAGAAUACAUGUGGAUGGAGAAUGAAGAGGAUUUCAAUAGACAGGUGGAGGAAGAGCUGCAAGAGCAAGACUUCUUGGACCGCUGCUUCCAGGAGAUGCUGGAUGAAGAGGACCAGGACUGGUUCAUUCCAGCACGAGACCUGCCUCAGACUAUGGGACACUUACAGCAGCAGUUAAAUGGAUUGUCAGUCAGCGACAGUCAUGAAUCUGAAGACAUUUUGAGCAAAAGUAACCUGAAUCCAGAUGCCAAGGAGUUUAUUCCAGGAGUGAAGUACUGAGCUGUUGGAAGCUUCCAGAAGGACUUGUCUUGUCCCCGUACCUGGGGCCAGCAAUGUACAAAAAGGCAGAGCUGAAGGGGGGUGGCAGGGGUGUGCAGCCAGGCGGGUUGGGUUGGGAAGGUGGUUUAACUGGAUACUGUGACUCUGAGUAACUAAUGUGCGAGGUACUACUCUCCAAGCCCUCUGAGCAUGGCUCUUCUGUUCUGCUGAUUUGUUCAGAGCAGUUUCCCCUUUUAUUUUAUUUUUGAUGAUCUCUUUGGAGUUAAGGAACUGCAGCUGUUUUUCCCUUGUAAGGUAUGUUCUGUCUGCAUUCAAGCAAAAUAAGAUGACCAAGGAAAACAGUAUUUAAGAAAUAAUCUUCCCUGCUGUGUACCUACCGAGAGCAGGGCAUCUGGAAAGCUUAAGAAGUUUGCAGCUGGGUGGUAAGAAGGAAAAACAGGAGAUGUAAACCAGCUGCAACACUCAGCUCCCCAACCCCUGACAUUUCCAUGAUGAACUGAAGUACCAGUAGCCCACAAAGCCCUUGUCUCCUGGCCUGAACUCUACUCAAGAAAACACAGAUUUGAAAGUUCUUGGAUGAAUAAAACUUUGGAUGGAAGCAAGUUGUACAUCACAAGAGCAGGGCUUGAUAGUGACUGUCAUUUAGUUGCUGCUGGCCUGCUGUUGAGCAUACGUGUGUAGCUACUACCAUUCAUCAUUUACCAGUAAAGGGUUGCUUUGCCUUCGUGAUCCUCAUGGGGGCUACUCCUGGCUUCUUUCCCUCACAGCUCUAAAAGACACUGCUACCCAAAACCUGAGAUGGGCCUUUCAUUGGGAUAGUUGUGUCUUGAAUCUUUUUGGACAGUUUUGGUUUUGUUUUCCUUGUCCCAUCAAUAUCUGUCUCUUACAGUGUCUUAAUUCCUUCAAAGAUUUCUGUAUUUUUUUUUCCAAGAAAAUACUUUUUUCCAAACACUAGCAAGCUGCUUAGUUCAGUUUGGGUGCUUCUCCUGCCUUAGCGAGUGAUUCCCAGAAACUAAGCUGCUGAAGGAUCCUGCCUGAGAAUACAACUAAGCUCCGUGAAGCUGUAAAUGACUUCUGUUUCCUCAUGGGCCUGGCUAGGUGCAGUCUUGGUUUUAUUGCUACUCUGUGGAACUGAAUUCCAUGGAUCUGCUGUUGUGAGUAGAGGUGAAGGUGUUAGUGUUGAGGGUGAAAGAACGAGUGUCCUGUCCUUUUCAUACUCCAAGGACAAGGGAUUUGGAGAGGCCUGAGAGUGCUGUGGCAUCUGUGGGGUUGUCACUGUGCUGUAUUAGGUCUGGAAAGAUCAUGUAGCUUCCAGUCUGGCAGUUCAGCAUGUGGAUGUGAGCAGAGACUGGAAGAAAGGACUGGAGUCUGGAAAGUUGAAACGUUUUCCCUUUUUCAUGAACUGAUUUUCUCACUUUUCAUUUUGUCUUGGUGCCAGGGAUGGAACCCAGGGUUUCACUUGUGCCAUGUUAGUCCUGUCCUUGAGCUGUUCUCAACUCUCCCUUGUUGACUUGUAGACAGCCCCAGCAGUUAAACACAAAGUUCCCUGUUUUUUCCUGUUAAAGUCUCAUAGGAUGGCAUCUUGUGAAAGUGGCCUUCCCUCUUAGGUCACAUCAUAGUGAGUAGCUUAGAGAACUUGUACUGCCAGAUACACAUUGACUUCCAGAGCCUCUCCCUCAAGAGAAUGGAACUCCUAGUCCUCUGAGAGGAAUUUAUUCCUGCUUGUAGUUUGGCUUGCCACUUCUAAUAAGGAGAAGGGUAUGGGUAGGGCAUGCUACAGCCUCCAUAAGGCUGUUAGAGUUCAGAAUGUAUCAGGAUUGCACGAAGAUAGUUGAGAAUCUCCGCCUGCAUAUAGUGCAUCCUCCUCUAAGUACCUGGCUGGGAAGCCCUGAGGAGGUUUUGUUCCAUCCUAAAGUUUUGCCCUUUGGAAGCCAAACUUCUAGGUGUGAUCCAAGAGGCCUAUCUCCCCUCCUGCUGUGCUGGCUCAUUUUACUUGGAUAUCAGUCUCUGGCUUGGUUUUAAGGGUACAUUUGGUUAAUACUAUUAAAAUACUGUCAGUGUACUUGGAAACAAGUGCUAGUGUGUUGGGUCCAUCUCAGAGGCAACACGAUGACUCCAGGCUUAGGAUAUAGCCAGUGAGGUGGUCCUUAGUAAUGUGUAAAAUGACUUAUUCCUAUGGCCCAACUCUUCAAUUAUCCAAUGUUGUGAGGUAGUAUAAUUGUGCCCCAGACUACACUUAGCCUUAGAGUUUGCCAACUCAGCAGAAGAGUUUUGGAGGUUUUGUGUGUGUGUGUGUGUGUGUGUGUUUCCCCUUGAGAAUUUGUAUAGCAAUAGAAAAUGUUAUUAAUAGUUACUUGUCUGGCUGGCCCCAGUCUUCAUUUAUUUGUGACUGAGUUCAAUUGUGAUUAUUUGACUCUAUAACUUUUCUUUUGUGUGUGUGAGAGGGGAUGGAAACAUGGAUCUCUUCAGGCAUUUUGGACUGCAUAAGAAAUUGUGGAGGUAGCCAAAGCCUGGGUAUGGUAGCUGAGGGCCUGGGGCCAGUUUCUAUCUGUAUGUACCUGACUUUUGGUUAUAAGCAAGCUAGAAAAAUAGUCUAAAGAUUGGAUCCAGGACCUCACAUGUGCUAUGCAAGCACUACACCAAGCUGCAUUCCAGGCCUGUGCCAGCCUGGGUCUUAGUAGCACCCCUAUUUCUACAAUUACAAGAGCUAUGAUUGGUUCGUUAAGAUUAUAAGGCUAACCAUGGCUUAAAAAUAAAUGUUUCUAGUGAAGUACUAAGUAUUCUCCAUAUUAUUGUUAUAUCAAGGUUUUGUUUUGACUUUAGACAGACUAAGAUGCAGGUAAACAGCUCUUUGAGUCAGCGUCUUCAAUGAGUGAGCUGGGAAAGGGGGACAGAGUGAACCUCUUGAUUGGGGCUGUGGUAGAUGAGCAUUGCCUGGCUUCCUGAAUUUGUCCCCCAUUGCUAUAGGGGACAGGCCUCUGCAAUACAAGUCUUGGUAUUACAUGCUAUUAGUUUAGGUUUAUAGAUGUCAAGGAUAGGAACUCACAGGUCUAACAAAUUUGACUAGAAGUUGGAGGUACCCACUUGGUGGAAAAGCUUAUCCCAGCCACUCUCCUCUGGAAGAGCAGGGGUGGGAGGCAUUAAUUUUGUCAAGUAGGGAGAGCAGAAAGGAUGCUGAUGUGUGAAGCAGGGAUCAAGUGAUCCCAUCCACAAUUGGUCAGUCCUGGUAUAGCUCAGUGCAGUGGAUGUCAACGCCUCCCAACGUCCAUUCUGCCACAUGGAUGAUGCCCACCAGACUUACACAUACACAAUCUGGAAGAAGCGGGAUUAUUUUUCCCAUGUUCAAUCUUCCAAGAAGCUGCUGGUAGUGAUGGGAACAGAGCAGGAAUCUGCCCAGGGAAACAUUAGACUGCAUAUGGCCUGCCCUCAUCACCAUCACACUCCUGGACCCCAGAAGUUUCUUUUUCCUGGGAGCUGGGACUAGAACAUAAGACACUUCAAGACACUUCUUCAAGAUGUGAAGCUUAGAAGCCACAUUUCCUUUCCUGCUCUUGGGGAAACAGGAAGAAAUUCAAAGGAUGGUUUUUUGUUUUGUUUUGUUUUGUUUUUUUUAUGUAAAAACCUUCCUACAUUUUUGUUGCUAAAGUAUAAUUUAAAUGAAAAAUUUGCUGAGUUUCUCUCCCCAAAUUUACCUUACUAUAUUUUAAAACUAAUAAACAUUCCAGGUUACUUAA